GCCGCGAUGGGCAGAUUCACCAGAGGUGGCAGCAGCAGGCGGCCUUUGCGCCACUUCCCCGACACCGCCGAGCUGGUUUCCCUCCGGCCUCCUUUCGGAACUGCACAGGCAUGCAGAGGUGAAAGGUCACGAACAUGGCGCUGGCCGCCCGUCUCCUGCCUCUGCCUGGCCGGGCGACCCGACUCCGGACUCUCGGUGCCACCGAGGUGAGGCUGUCGCCAACUGAAUUUUGUUGCUUGUGUCGCCGCCGCCUGGGCGCAAGCGCGGUCCCGGCCCCUCGCUGCGCUUGGGCCUGGACAAGCCCGGCGCUGCGUUCCUGGGGGCCCCGGAGGCCCCUGCUCCGCCCGGCAGAACUUUCUCCAGCCCUCGCUUCCUUACCCGCUGCUCCCAGCCGCAGCUACAGCACCGAGGAGCAGCCCCAGCAACGCCAGAAGACAAGAAUGAUCAUCCUGGGGUUCUCCAACCCCAUCAACUGGGUCCGGACUCGAAUUUACGCCUUCCUUAUCUGGGCCUAUUUCGACAAGGAGUUCAAUAUCGCUGAGUUCUCUGAGGGGGCGAAGCAGGCUUUUGCUCAUGUAUCUAAGUUGCUGUCACAGUGUAAAUUUGAUCUAUUGGAAGAACUUGUAGCCAAAGAGGUCCUACAGGUAUUAAAAGAAAAGGUCACUUCACUGUCUGAUAACCAUAAAAAUGCACUUGCUGCGGAGGUAGAUGACAUUGUCUACACAUCAACAGGGGACAUCUCCAUUUACUAUGAUGAGAAAGGAAGGAAGUUCGUUAACAUCCUGAUGUGCUUUUGGUAUCUGACUAGUGCCGACAUCCCCACUGAGUCUCUGAGUGGAGCCAGUUUGUUCCAGGUGAAGUUGGGGGAUCAGAGCGUGGAAAGUAAACAUUUGCUUAGUGCAAGCUACGAGUCAGAUGCUAAAGUGAAGGGAAGCUGUCUGCCCUUAAAGAGACUUAGAAGAGACAUUAUUUUAUAAUAUUUGGAAAGAUUUCAGAGAGAAUUUACACAAGGAGUAAAGCCUGACUGGACUAUUGCACGGAUUGAACACUCAAAGUUACUAGAAUAAUCUUUCUUGGAACAAAUCAGGAUGUGAACUCUUAAUAAUCGCUGUGAAAAACUAAGGAAGAAAUGUUUCUGGAUCAUUUGAUUUUUCACUUAAUUAAGUCUGUGGAUUACUUUUGUAUUAUUUGGAAAUAUUCCUUGCAGUAUAUUGACAUGAUACAAUAAAGCAUUUUCCACAGGUU